GUCAGGCACUGGGAUCAGCAUGGCGGGCCCGUUAGCCGGGAAGAAGAUCGUGUUUGUCACGGGGAACGCCAAGAAGCUGGAGGAGGUCGUUCAGAUUCUGGGAGAUAAGUUUCCGUGCACUUUGGUGGCACAGAAAAUUGACCUGCCGGAGUACCAGGGGGAGCCUGACGAGAUUUCCAUACAGAAGUGUCAGGAGGCAGCUCGCCAGGUGCAGGGGCCUGUACUGGUGGAGGACACCUGUCUGUGCUUCAACGCCCUUGGGGGCCUCCCUGGCCCCUACAUAAAGUGGUUUCUGGAGAAGUUAAAGCCUGAAGGUCUCCACCAGCUCCUGGCUGGGUUCGAGGACAAGUCUGCCUAUGCGCUCUGCACGUUCGCACUCAGCACCGGGGACCCCAGGGAGCCAGUGCGCCUGUUCAGGGGCCGGACCUCGGGCCGGAUUGUGGUGCCCCGAGGCUGCCGGGACUUUGGCUGGGAUCCCUGCUUUCAGCCUGAUGGAUACGAGCAGACGUAUGCGGAGAUGCCCAAAGCCGAGAAGAACACCAUCUCCCAUCGCUUCCGGGCCCUGCUCGAGCUGCAGAAGUACUUUGACAGCCUGACUUCUCCGGUAGCUGCUGACGAUCGCCCUGGCGGGGGAUGUGGGGAAGGCUAGCCUGAAGCCUCCCCCGUCAGACAGCCACCCCUCCAGGUACUUCCUGCAGGGUUCCCACUCGCUGGGGGUGUUGAGGCUGCCUCAGCAGCCCCGUUUGGAGGAGCAGCUGGCUCUGCUUGCGGAAACUUCGGGCAAAGGACACCAUUCUCUUGCCUUCAGGGAUUCAGUGGUCCAUCCUCCAGCCCCCUGGCUUGGGAUCCUGAAAGGACCUUGGAUGUUAAACUGGCCACGUCAGGAUGGAGGGUUCAGGAAGAACCACACAAAUAGCCCUAGACAUUUUAAAAAGUGCAGCAAAUAAAAGUACUGGAAGGCACUUGUCUCCAAAAUAAACGAUAUGUCCAUUUUGAAACCUGC